AUGUCGGCGACCGACCAAGUGCGAAGCCUGCUGGACGAGUUGAUGGGAACAUCUAGGGACGGAGGUCGGCGUCGGAUCGAAUUCGAUGAUCCCAGGGUGUGCAAAAGUUUUCUACUGGAUUGUUGCCCACAUGAGAUUCUCGCCGGAACUAGAAUGGAUUUGGGAGAAUGCCCUUAUACUCACGAGGUUGGCUUAAAGUCUGACUACCGGCGGGAAGCUGAAAAACGACCUUACUACUACGAAGUUGAUGCUUUGAGGCAUUUAGAAAAAUUUGUCGCUGACUGUAAUCGUCGAACUGACAUUGCCAAGUCAAAACUACGAGAAACACAAGAAGAACUCACAGACGAGGCAGCUGAACAGAUCGAGGCAAUAAAUAAGCUAAGCGAGGAGAUUGGUACGACUCUGGCUAAAGCCGAACAAAAGGGCGCUGACGGUCAUGUUGAAGAAUCUCUUAAGCUCAUGGCCAAAGUUGAGGAACUGAAUGCACUCAAAGCGAAGGGCGAAGCUGAUCUGCGCAACGCGAUUCCGGUUAGUACGUAUCAACAACAAAAACUUCGUGUGUGUGAUGUGUGCUCUGCCUAUUUGGGAGUUCAUGAUAACGACCGACGCUUAGCUGAUCAUUUUGGUGGAAAACUUCAUUUGGGAUUUAUUACAAUUCGUGAAAAACUGGAAGCUCUCCGGGAGUAUGUUGCAGCCAACGAUCUCAUCCGCAAGCAGAAAGAGGCG